CCCCCUCUCUCUCACACACAAAAACACACACUAAUCCACUCUUGGAAGACCUAGCCAGAAGAGGAUCAAUUUUAGAUCAAUAAUUCAACAAUAAUUGAACCAUAAGUUAGCUAGAGAAAAAUGGGAAGAGCUCCAUGCUGCGACAAAGCCAACGUGAAGAAAGGGCCGUGGUCGCCGGAAGAAGACGCCAAGCUCAAAUCCUACAUCGACCGCCAUGGCACCGGUGGUAACUGGAUUGCCCUCCCUCAAAAAAUUGGCCUAAAGAGAUGCGGCAAGAGUUGUCGCCUCAGAUGGCUCAACUACCUCCGCCCCAACAUCAAACACGGUGGCUUCUCCGAAGAAGAAGAUAACAUCAUAUGUAGCCUCUAUAUUAGCAUCGGAAGCAGGUGGUCAAUAAUUGCAGCCCAGCUGCCAGGGAGAACUGACAACGACAUCAAGAACUACUGGAACACGAGGCUAAAGAAGAAGCUUCUAGGAAAGCAGCGAAAAGAGAAGAGCGGCCGCGGCAAACAAACCGCCACAAAGGGUUCAGGCGGUGGCCCAUACUUCCAAACCGGGCCACCGCCCCCGCCUCCUCCUCUGCCGUCUCUUCCACCCAUACCCUACUCCUCGGGCGAGGAGGCGCGGUUCAACAACCACUCCUCCAUCAGAAGGCUUCUAAUGAAGCUCGGGGGUAGGUUUUCGAGCCAAGACCCGAAUAACUCAGGGCUCGCACCCGACAAUGAUCAUCCUCGAUAUCCGAGCAUCGAUGAUCAAGCCCUAAUCCAACCAAUGUACUGUGAUCCAAUCGAUCAAUUGAUCACUAGUUCCGACCAAACCCCUUUGCUUGGCACGGCGCUGCCUCCGCCUCAUUUCGGGGUGGGCCCGACCGAGGCGAGCGGCGGAGUGUAUGAGAAUCCGCAAGGGCUGGAGUUCUUAUAUGAUGAUUUGGUGAAUGGGAGUGUUUUUGGAGGAGAGAGUGUGGAUUGGGGAGAAAUGAAUCAGUGGAUUUGUGGACAAAAUGAGGUACCAUGGAACAUAAUCAAUGGUCAUUCUUGAUUUGGAUAUUUGUACAUUGUACAUUGUGCAUUGUAUAUGGUACUCUUUGUGUGACUCUGUUUUUUGGAGAUGUUUGCUUAGUUUAUCAUUUCCAAAACCCUAGUUAUAGUACUUCUCACAUUUUGAUGCA